CAGACAGAGACGAUAGAGACGAUGGAGCAGACAGAGACGAUAGAGACGACGGAGCAGUUGCAGACAGAGACGAUGGAGACGACGGAGCAGUUGCAGACGACAAGUCUGAUUUCUGAGGUUCGAGUGAGGAAAAAUAGAUUUCCGCUCUUUGGGGAAGGAACAGAAGCAACAGAUGGUCGUCGCAACCGCAAGAAGAAGAAGCGGCCAGUUCUGAGAAUGAUGAAGCUACAACCUCUGUACAAGAAGAACCCUGUGAAACGGAUCUUUAUCACCGAUGAAGAUGACGUCGGGUGGCCCUAAGCAAGCGAUGGGAGAGCAGCCUGGCGAAAAUAAGGCAACCUAAGCCUGGCCGACUUGGGCUGCAGUUGGUGGGUGCGAGUUGACGGUCUUCUCAAUCAAAAAGUUUCCUAAUCCGCUUAUCAAAAUUUGAGAUUUGAUUAAUACGUACUAGCAUAUGCCCAUAAAGUGUUUCUGAACAUUUUUUUACCUUUGUUUUUAGAAUGGAAGGAGAAGGAAGAGAACGUGGGAUGAGAAGAGAGGAGAGAGUUUAUGUUUUAUUUUUAAUACAUACUGCCUAUGUUAUUUAUUUUUGUUCAGUUUUGAUUAGAGUGUUGGAAUGGUAAUUUUAUGAAGUUCUGGUUGACAA